GAAUAUAUCAAUGAGCCAAAGCCCAAUGAACGCCGAAGUGCAGACAGAAGAAACUCCGGGCAAACCCUCCUCAUGGGUGUUUUCGGUUUCGAUUCUGGUUCACUUUUCCGUCGCCGUUCCAAGGAAUCAUCAUCCAGUUCCUCCCAAAAACCAAAGAGUCUUAGUGAAGUUCAAGAUGAGCUUGUCAAGAAAUAUCCUCCGGGUGCUGUGGUUAUUCUGACUAGAACUCCGUCGAGAUCAGCUGAUUGUUUCAGGUGGGACUAUCACAGGCCGAAAUACCGAUAUCCUACUUGUGAGGAAUGGAUUGAAAAGUUCUACGAGUACCAACGCUCGUGUGGAAGAAAUUGUCCCGUAUGGUCCAAGAUACAGAUUGAGACCUGUGGUCUUGAGGUGUACCCCGAAAAGCUAUUGAAUGACUCGAAUUGAAAUAGCUAGAGAAUGACUUGACUUGCAGUUGUUGGGUUUGAAUGUGAAGAUCCAGAGGCUUACUCCAGGCAUUAUCAUUUAGAGAAACAGAUUUUGUUGCCGAUGCUUGCGCUACUGUAUGCACCUAUAAAGACAUUGAAAUGAUUUGACUUCGUCAAUUCACUCCCUCUGUUGGAAAGCUUUUUCAGUAUGCAACUCUAGACAAAUUCUGUUUGUAAUUUGUUUUAAUUCAGUGACUUUCACAAAAGAUGAUCUUCAAAAUGCAUCUCAAAUUCAAGAAGCAUUGUGGAAACGCUACUAGUGUGCUAAAAGUUGUAAACCAAAAACCCUCUGAGAUGAGGAAAGCUAGAGAACUACAUGUGCCAUUGAAAUUGUCCCUGAUUAUAGCUUCUUAAAA